AUGUAUAGUUCCCCAUUUACAAAUAACCUUCAUCAGAAGGCACCAUCACAAUUCAAGGAAAAUGCUAGAACAGCCAUUUACAACCAAAUCCCACCAUCAAACAACCUUAAUGCACAUGACCCCAAUAAAAAAAUACCCCGUUUGCAACCAUCUGCAUCCUCCAUACGAUCAGCUCCUUCACAAUACUUUAAAAACUCAUACAAACUGUUACUGCACCGAUCAAGAACAACUCCUACAUCUUCUUCUUCUUCUUCAUCCUCGUCCUCGUCGUCAUCCUCCAUCUUUUCAUCAUUAACCAACAAUGGCAAACGCUCCAUCAGAUCAGCACCAUCGAUAUACUCCAGCUCCACCGCAACCAUCCCCGAAGAUUUCGAACCUAUAACCACAACGGUUGAACAAUUGAUUAAUGACAUAGCAUUGCAUGAACAACACUUUGAAAGAGAAUUUGAAGCAAAAAAACAAAGAGAAGCUUUGCCCUUGUACAACUCACCAACUUUUGACCCAGAUGAAACUUUUAAAAUAUCUCUUGGCUCAGGAUUAACAUUUCAAAACGAUUUACAAUCAAACUUUUUAAUAGACUGGAACCUCAAUGUAACACGGUGUAAACUCAUCUUGAUCAACUUGCCAAUGAUCUCAUCAGCCUCAACCACACAACAACAACUUUGCUAUAAUCAACACUACCCACCUCAACUAGUAGGCGACUUGGCCAAAGUUGUACAACUAAUAAUCAUCCAACCACACAUUACAGACAAGGAAUUGAUAUUCACCCUAGUACAAUCAAAUAUAUACAAAGAACACAACUUGGACUUGGCAUUUCGAAAAUCAGUCGCUGAAAUCCUGGUUAAACAAAGCAGAUUGUUGCAAAUAAACUCACUGCGACAAAAUACAAACUCAGAACUGCAGCAUAACUUGAGCAUAAACACAAAUGUACUAAAUGAGCACCACGAUUUCUUGAAAUUUAAGUACAAGGAAAUCGCUGUGCGAAACUACUUGAUAAAUUUGGCUGCAGCGGCAACAACAGCUCAUGAAUACAAGCUACGGGUCGACGAGAUAAAGAAACAAUUGAAAGAAGGCAAACAUGCUGCUGCCCUUGCCGGAAACAUUAUCAACCAAGGCUAUACUGAAAAUGGAGGUGGACAAGUAGUAGAGGGAAUGGGAAAAGAUUCAACAGGAAUUGUUCCAGCACCAGGCAAGAGGAAAUUGUCAAAGGAGGAGAAAAAAGUGUUGUGGGAUCAAGUACGGCUGGAUGUUUUUAAGCGAGCAGGCCUAGAAGAAUAA